AUGACCUUCUUUUCUGUCUGCAGCUUCCUGGUUGGAGGAGAUGGCAGCAUAUUCGAGGGCCGUGGUUGGACCUCCGUGGGAGCUCACGCCCCCAACUACAACUCCAACUCCAUUGGCAUCAACCUGAUUGGAACAUUCACAAGCUCUAAUCCCACCACCGCCGCCCAGAAUGCCGCCAAGAACCUCAUCAGUUGUGGCGUCACCCGUGGUUACAUCCGGUCCACGUACAUCCUGAAGGGACAUCGCAAUGUCACCGCCACCGAGUGCCCCGGAAACACCUUCUACAACACACUGAGGACCUGGCCACGCUUCCAGGCCUAGGAGAUCCCACGGCGG